AUGGAUGCAGAGAAGAGAAGGAGAAAGAGAAAGGAUGAGAGAGUAGGUGGAAGAUGGCAUGAGGGCAGCAUGCAGAUUGCCCAGGACCUGACUGGCAUAUUCUUGGAUGGCUCACAGACGGAGAAAGAGAGAGAGAAGGGAGGGGUUGGGGAGCUGGGGAAAGUUAGGGCCCUCAGGAUGUUCUGUCCCACUGCCAGCCCCAGAAGCUUCGCCAUUGUGCAGAGAUCAGGGUCAGCCAGUGAUGAUCUUUUGCGGUUUGUGGAGAUGGACACCUUUAGCAGCGUGAGUACAGUUUCACUUCUGGCCCCUCAUAGCAGCAUAGCUGAACACAAGGAGAAGUUACAGCAGAAGGCUCUGCAGCAACCUAAGCAGAAGAAAUCCAAGUCGGCUGAAUUUCUGAUGGGUGAAGAGGAGAGAGCUGCUCUGGCAGGCAUAGAAAACCCAGCCUUCGAUGGAGGAGGAAGCACCGAGCUUUCCGUUCCUCCGGUUUGGCUGGGGAGAGAAAUUCGAGGUGACAGGCCAGAUAGCACCCUUGCAGCUCACCAAAAAAAAAUGGAGCUGCAAGCCCCUGCCAAAGAAAGAGGAAAUAAACGUGCCCAAAAUUACUUUGACCCGUUGUCGGCAGAGCAGACAGACCCAAGGCAUUGCAGGAUGGCUGGGGUCAGCGCUGAAGAUGAGCUGGAAUUAACAAUAUUGAAUGCUGAUGAAAACAGACUGUACCAAAGAAUGGCUGCAUUGCUGGAUGAGGACGAUAGCUUCAUAAAUAUACCUGGUACGCUGCUAGCCUCCAGGGAUGAGGAGGUGUUGGAGGUGAAGGCGGGUGAUCCGGUGCUUCAGCGGCGACUGCUGCUCCAUGGUGGUGAUGCCUCGGGCUCCAGGCCCUCCCAGGCCCAUACCAUUGCCAAAACCCAGGCUGGGGCUAGUGCUGGGCUGGAAGGAGAGGCUGGACUCGAAGCAGGGAGGAUGGUAAUGGGCAGAGAGAGCACUGUAAAAAUGGCGACAGCUAAGGAGGUGAUCCCCCACUAUACCCAGCAGCUUAGGGAGCGUGUGCGGCCUGACAUGAUCACGCUUGGCAGCCUUUCACUGCAGCAGCAAGAGGCUCAGAAGGGACCACUGAAGAGGAGUGAGUGGGCAAAGAGAAAGAAGACACUAAUGGCUUUCUUCACUGGGAAUUCAAAGGAGCCUCAUUCACAAAGACACUGUGAUGAGACAGUGAGAGAGGCACCACAACCCAGGCUGAACACACUGCUUGAAACCACUGAAAGCCCGUCACUCAGAGCGCUGGGGGAAGGCCAAGACGAAGCAGUGGCCAAAUACGGCCAGAUGACAGAGCUCCCAGAAUCCUCCUCUUCAGCAUCACGGCCCCUGUGGCAGGUGACCCAGAGCACAACUCCCCAGCCCAUGGAGGUGUGUGUCUGUUGCCUAAGAGCCACCAGAGACAAGCUACCCAGGGGCCUCUACACUGUCAGUGUAGCCCUUCACAGCCGUCUAGGGGGUCCAGCUUUGGCCUGGUGCAGCAAUAAAGAGCAGCAACAAUGGGCGGUGUCCACUGAGCCAAUCGAGCAUCGGGGUCGCUUCUAUGACACUGACCUGCACGUUAACCAGAGCCUGUUCAUGAUCCUACCUGCAGCCUGUGAGGUUGUCCCAUCCAUGGUCAUGGUAUUCCAACUGAUCGCACUACCCGGACACAGCAGCCACAUCAGCUCUGUGCUGGCCUGGGGGGCAUUUCCUGUUAGUGGACCAGGCCUCAGUCAUGUCCACGGCAGGUUCAAAACCCCUCUGCUCAGGGGGGAGCCGAACACACAACUGGACCAGUUUAAAAAAAUUGAAGCCCUCAUCUCCUCUGACCUAGACCACUGGCUGUGCAACCUGUACUUCCAGGUAAAUAGGCUCCCUUCCGGAACUUCUGGGGGGUCCGAGUGCUGCAUCACCCUGUCGUUACUCCCUCCUAACCCCCCUGUCAUGCCUCAACCUGAGGUCCAUAUUGAACAAGCCCAAGGCCAACUGCCUCUCCAGCCCCAGCCCCGAUCACAGGCCCAGCUCCGUCCUCAGCCGAUUCAUCCCCAGUCCCAGUUAUACCCCCAAAAGCAGCGGCAUGCAAGUCCCAGCAGCAGAGCAGGAGAGCCCGCUGUGGUACAUUCUCACCGGGGGUCUCCUCUCCACCUGUCAGCUGAUUCUGCUUGCUCUUCCUCAUCUCUGCCAGGGAAGAAUUUCUCCUCGGGAGCCAUUUCUGGAAACACGAGAGAGAAGAGUGAUCCAUGCAGGCAGAAAGCAGAGGGUGGGAUUCACUACAAGAAGAAGCCAAUCAAGAAGACAAAUAGCUGCGGCCCCAGCAUGAGCGGCAGCGGCGCACCGCCUCGGCAGGCAGACAAACAGAAGAUGCAGCCUUCAAUGGAGAACCUCUCCACGGAGGAGAUGGAGGAGUAUACAUUCUCCCUACAUUCAGCACUGACUGGAUCUGGCUCCUGCCCCUCACGCCUGUCCGACCGAGCCCGCCUGACCCUCCGCAUGUUGCCGUCCGAGCUGGGCCUGCCGUUGCCGCGGCAACAACAGCCGCAUAGUAGCUGGCGUGGCUCCGUUCGGCAGCUCGGCCUCAUUAUGCUGCUGCUGGCUUUGAUGUGGUUUGUGAGGCUCUACCUGCAUUACUGCAGCCAGUGGCUCUACCUCCAGGCCAUAGCAGUUCCUGUCAACAAAUUCCAGUUCUAUGCGCACACGGUGGACCUCGUAUACCAGAGUUCUUUGCUCCACACCCGGGAGGAGCUGGCGAUGGUGGUGGUGGGUCCCCUGACCUUGAAUGCAGUAACGUUCCUGCUGGUUCUGAUCAGAUGGGGCUGUCAACAGAUAUUUGGCUCACUCCCUUCCUUCACGUCAAAGUUUAUCAUGGCUCAGGGAGUGUGGACAGUCCUCGACCCCCUGGCAGUCUUUGCAGUGGACGCCGUCCUCGGGCGUCUCGCCUACAGCCCAGACACACCGGUGGGUGAUGCAGCCAAGCUUUACUGGCACUUCUAUCGAGCCGACCAAUCAGGUGGAGCGGGAGUGGUCAUCACCCUCUUCCUCUACACAGUGCUUUUCCUGCUCUCCAUCACAAUCCUCACCAUUUACCUGCUCAGAUUCCACAACGAUGGUCGCAUGCUAGACAUCUUUCAGCGGCUCACAGCCAAGGAGGGGGCAUACUUCCUGCCUCAAGACCUGGAGUUGUCCAAUCAGGAACUGAGCUACAUUGUCAAAAAGGCGGAGCAGUGGAGAGGCUUCAAUGGGGAGAGGCGCAAGGUGGCAGUCUAUGACUAUAUCUGGACUGUGGAAGACCCCUUGGCAGGUUCUGCAGCCCCUAGUGAAAGCCCAAGAGAGAGGGCACCCUCACCAGAUGGAGAGACCAGCACACAUGUGGCAGUCUACACCCUGUACCUGAGUGGGAUGAAACAAAGAUACAGGCACUUCCUCCGACAACCGGAUGGAGCUAUCAUUGAGGUGAUUGGUGACGUGGAAGUGGUGGACAAUCCAGCCAGGAUGAUGCCCUGCCCCGGUCAGGGCUCUGCCAGUCAGAGAGAGGACAAGGAAGGGUCCCACCGUGUUGAGCCAGUAGGAGGAAGUGGGUGUGGCUCCAGUUUUGCACUGCAGGACCUCAACCAAUGAUAUCAAAGCGAAGGAAGAGAUAGUUGGACCUUGAAGUAAGUCAUCCGAUCAACCGUCUGUUUUAGUCUUCGUAAUAUACAAUGCAGUUCUUGAAUAAUUAAUGUAUUAAAAACAGAA